UUGUAGCCUAGCAGCAUAUCCGGUCUAGACUGAAAGGGGUUUAUUUGCAAUUGUGUUGUUGGUUUUCGGCGACUGAAACAUCCUGAAACUUGUGACAAACACCUGUGUGAGAAGAGGAAUUGUGUGUGCGCCGUCUUUACGGUAAAGCAGCUUGUUGAUCCCGCCCUCUCUUUGAUAGAAAACUCGGUGAUGUCGCUUCGUCUUUAACGAGCUUGACCCAGAACCCAGGGAAGGAGGGGAAAAGAGGGCAGAAAACACGCAUUAAUAAACGGAAUAGCCUGGAACGGCUCGGGGUACGCUUUGCAGGAGCAGUCCAUUCCUCGCUGUUGAUCCACCUGUUUCUGGGAUUGGUGGUUCGGUAACUUUCUACCCAUGAGCAACUAGAGCUCAGCAAUUGGUGUGACCUCUCACCUCUUCUACUAAACCACGCCCACUGGUGAAGUGUGUAUGGAGCAGUGUGAGAGCGCGGCGGCUCUGCUGGAGUCGGUCAGGGAGCAGGAGGUGCAGUUUGAACAGCUGACACGGGCGCUGGAGGAGGAGAGGAGGAGAGUGGGCCUCCCCGCCACCAGCCCCUCGGCCCUGGGUCACCCCCUCCCCCACAAGCAGAACGGGCGCUUAGGUGAUGCAGACAUAGAACGACUGAAACUGACUGACUCAUAUAUAAACGGCACACAGUACAGGAUGGUGGACCCUGCACACGGCGUUCUUGAUGACAGCUACACACCAGAGGAUGACUCCCAUGAAGCACACUCGGUAUUUUCUGAUGAGGGAACCACACGACGGCAAGAUAAUGGGAUGAAGAAACCAAUGUCACGCACAGUCAUGCCAUCUGACUCACUGUCCAUUGAUGGGGGCUUGUCUGUGCCCGGUAUGGGCGGCUACAGCGCUACACUGGAUCGUCCUUACAGGCAGACUGGAGUACCAGACUACCCCACUGCCACAGUGCCCAGAAACUACCACUAUGGUCCUGUAGGUGGUUAUGAUGACUACCGGGGAGGCCCACCAUCAGAGGCUUACACAAGUCUGAGCAGGGGCUCUCACAUGGACGAUCGCUACAGACCAGUUGAUGGCUACAGAACCCUAGAUUCUGGGUACCGGGCCCCAAGCCGUCAGCAGCUUGACCCCUAUGCAGCGCAGCCCCAGGUGGGCCGGGGUAUGAGGGCCAUGGGCUCAGCAAUGGAGAUGCGUUAUGGUCACGGACACUACGGCCUGGAAGAUGACCAGCGUAGUGUGGGAUAUGAUGACUAUGGGAUGGGGCCUCCACCAAUGCACCCUGGUGGAUAUGGUACCAUGCCACGCCUGGGGCCUGGCCCCGGAGGCAUGGACAGACGGAGACUCAGGAGUUGUGAGGACACUUUGGACGGAGAUGUCGGCGUUGAACCAUACGCAUGGGGCGUUCCCAUGACAAUGGAUAGAGGGAGCAUGGCUUCACUGGACAGCACACUUAGAAAGGCUCCUCCCACUUCAUGGAGACAGCCAGAGCUGCCAGAGGUGAUCGCUAUGUUGAGCUACCGUUUGGACCCUGUCAAAACCAACGCUGCCGCCUUCUUGCAGCAUCUCACAUUCAAAAAUGACAAGGUCAAGUCAGAUGUGCGUCGUCUGAAGGGCAUCCCAGCUCUGGUGUCACUGCUAGAUCAUCCCAACAAAGAGGUUCACCACUCGGCCUGUGGAGCACUGAAGAACAUUUCCUUUGGCCGAGACCAAGACAACAAGAUUGCUAUCAAAAACUGCGAUGGGGUGCCAGCUUUAGUCAGGUUACUAAGGAAAACACAUGACCAAGACCUUACUGACACCAUUACAGGCACUUUGUGGAACCUCUCAUCACAUGACUCUGUAAAGAUGGAAAUUGUGGACCACGCUCUGCACGCAUUAGCAGAUGAGGUAAUAGUGCCACACUCAGGGUGGGAGCGAGGUAGUAAUGGUGGAGAAGAGAGCUGCAAACCACGCCAUUUGGAAUGGGAGACUGCCUUGACCAACACAGCAGGCUGCCUUAGGAAUGUGAGUUCAGAACGCAGUGAGGCCAGGCGAAAGCUGAGAGAGUGUACUGGAUUGGUGGAUUCACUCAUGUACAUUGUCCAAUCACAGAUCAACCGCAAAGAUGUGGAUAAUAAGUUGGUGGAGAACUGUGUCUGCCUCUUGAGGAAUCUGUCCUAUCAGGUUCACCGUGAGAUCCCUGGCUGUGAACGCUACGCAGACACCACACCCCUCAACCACGGACCUGCCACUGCUAACAAAGGUGGCUGUUUUGGCUCUCGAAAGGGCAAAGAUGAAUGGUUUUCCAAAGGAAAGAAGGAUGGAGAUGAUGGGAGUGCAGAUAAAGUUGAUAUUCCAAAGAGGACAACACCUGCCAAAGGUUAUGAGCUACUGUUCCAACCAGAGGUGGUGCGUGUCUACACAUCGCUGCUCAGAGAGAGCAAGAACCCGUCUGUACUGGAGGCCGCUGCUGGUGCCAUCCAGAACCUGUGUGCAGGCCGGUGGAUGUACGGUCGGUAUAUUCGGGCCACUGUGCGUCUAGAGAAGGGACUCCCAAUGAUGGCUGAGUUACUGGCCCACGGCAAUGACCGAGUGGUUCGGGCAAUGUCCGGAGCUUUGAGGAACCUCGCCAUUGACAACCGCAACUGUGAACUGCUUGGUUUGCAUGCAGUGCCUCACCUUGUGGCCAACCUACCUGGAGGUCAGAGUCAAUCUGGGCGCACUCUGUCAGAGGAGACAGUGGUGUCUGUACUGAGCACACUUGCAGAAGUACUUGGCAACAGUCUGGAGGCAGCAAAAACCCUCCGAGCCUCACAGGGUAUUGAGAGGCUAGUGCUCAUCAACAAGGACGGUAAACGUUCAGACCGUGAGGUGCGGGGGGCAGGACAGGUGCUGCAGCUCGUCUGGGCCCAUAAGGAGCUGCGUCGGCCUCUGGAGAAAGACGGUUGGAAGAAGACGGACUUCAUGGUCAACCUCAAUCCCGCCAUUGGCACCACCAACGGGCCCAGCACCCAGUCCAAUGGCACCUAUGAGGACAGCACCACACCGCUGCUGGACAGAGGAGAGAAAAGAGACAUGAUUCCUUUAAAUGACCUUGGCCCUGAAGCCUAUUCUACACUGGACCAGAGGGGGGAGAGGAGACACACUCUGGAAGAGACCACAGACACUUUACCGCGAGGGGUAUAUGGGGGCAGAAAGGGCUCCCUGCCCCUGUUGGACUCCUACGAUGGUUAGCCCUCCCCCUCCCCUCUACCCCCCUCUGCAUGUAACAGCAUGAAAAACUGAUCGUGUGCAUCACCCAGACCGGGCCGUCCCUGCCCUACCACUGCUACUGAGGAGAGAACAUCCAGAUGCACGGAUUCUCUCGGCCCCACCCCCCUCCCCCCGUCUCCCCCUCCCCUCUUACUCUCUCCAUCACCACACAGAUGGGAUUAGAAGACGAGGGUGGACAUCCAAAGAAAAUGGUUGUGUUUGCAGGCGAAAUGCAGCACGCGUACAGAUACAUAACACACCGACUUUUUGCAAAUUAAUUGUAGCAACAGAAAUAUAUUCCGUUUUUAAAUUAUAGUUCUUCUGUAAAGGCAAUCACCUUUGUUGACAAUCAUUUAAUUAUGGUGUUGUCAUCUUGUUAUAUUUUUUUUCUUGUUAUUGUCAACUUUUUGGUAAAUUUUGUCAUGGUAAACUUGUUGCCGCCAACACCCGCAUCCUAAUGAUGACUUUGUAUGUAGACUUACUUCUAUGUAGGGUAUAUACUGUAUAUAAAAAGAAAAUGGGAUGACUGCAUUAGGUUUGACUCAUUAAUUUAAAUCGUCCCUCUUCGGGGAGCGUUGAGAGUUUUGGACUGGCCGACGUUUCAGCAGGACAUGGCUGGCCUGUAGAUCAAGAAUGUUGUUUAUAUAGGAGUUAUUUUCCUGUCUAGAGUUAUUUUCUCUCGUUGGGAUGGGCACAGGUGUAGACAAGAAAUGGCAGGUGUGUAUAUUUGACAUACAGUAAACCUGUGGCAGUGCUUGUACGUGUGUUUGUGUGGAAAAUGAAUAUGGACCUUUCAGAGUGAGUGGUUUUAUGCGUGUGCACAGAGCAGACCCAUAAGACCAUAAAUUGAUUAUUUUAUUUGUUCAUACUGUUUUUAUCGUGUGCUCCUACUCCUGUAACAGUUAGUUUUGUCAGUUUUUAUGAACAGACUGCCUCUUUUUGUGUUCAGUACCUUAAUUUUCACCUUUUUUUUUCACUGGGUGGGUGAAAAAAAAAAUACGAUUUGACCUGCUGUGUUUUUAAUUUUCCUGUCUAAUUUUCACUAGAGCAGCAAAACAUGAAGCCGAACACUAAACAAACACUACCAAACCACUUACACUAUCUUGAUAUCCAGCUUUACUAACCAUUCCUGCUACUUCACACUAUAGACGACUUGACAGAGUUUUCUUUUCAUUCAAAACACUUCGAGAGACUGGAAUAAGUAUAAAAUUAUCUGUUCUUGCUGCUGUUUGGCAACGUGGCCGUUGAUGUGCACAACAGGAUUUUUACAACACUUCAGUUUGGGAGGCGUCUUUCCUCAGAGGAGACUCGAGUAAUGAAACAUACUGACACUGAAUUUGGGAGGCUAAUGAAAAGCACAUCUUGGACAUCUGUUUUUGUCGUACUUUUUCCACUGGUUGUUUUUGUAUUUUAUUUUGGGGGGGGUGGGGGGGGGCGGUUGGGAUGGUUGAGUGCAUUAUGCAAAUUGUUCUACUUUUUAGCCCCAGUUUUACAGCUGAGUUUGUUUUAAAGGCAAAAGAGACCAAUCAUCUUUUUUUUUUUCUUAACUUUCCACACACAUAGUGUAUUUGUAAUGUUGCCUAUCCAUGUAAAAUUAUGAUGUACCAUUCAUACCUGCCUUGGCUCUGAGAAGUUGCUUUUUUCAGUAAAAUAUGUAACUGGUUAUACUGUUUUUAUAAAUAAAGAUCUUUUCUUAGACAA